AUGUCCGGAUGGCUCUUCUCAAGGAGAAGAUGCUUGGCAGCCCUGCUCCUUGCGCACUUCGUUGUUGUGCGAAGCUUCGAAGUGUUUUCAGAGCAGCAGCUUCUCGUGCUGGACGACCCCACUCGUGUCGUAGACUUCAACAAUACCGAGUAUGGCUCCACACAUGUGGACGAUUACUGGGCCAAAAUAGACCUCACCUACAGCCCAUUGGAAGGCUGGAGCCUAUCCAGACAUGUCCGCAUCGGCUGCUUCUUAGUGCAGUGGGAGAGCCCGCUGGCCUACGCAGAGAAGGUUAGCGGAACGAUCACGCCGACCGAGUGCGUGCAGUUCUGCAACAGAACGCAGGCAUACCUUCGUGUGCCCUAUUGCCGCUGUGGCUUGGACGAAACGCUGCUCCCGAUGACGGAGGUGCAGGGCGAAUGCAUUGCGACCGCCUGGCAGGUGUUCAGGGAAUAUGACUAUAGGUCUUCCAUGUCGCCUUCCACGUACGACACAGUACGGCGGCUGCUAUAUUCGAUUGUGACAGUCCGCCUGCCAGCACCAGCCGAUCCCUCUAUCAGGAACUACAUCCACGCUGUGAACGCGCUUGAGGGACGGCCGGAAUUCGAUUAUGAUGUCCGCCUGGAUCGCAUGCUCUUCAACUCGGUGUGGGACUUCGGGAAGAGCCGCAUGGUGGCGUUGUCGCUCUCGGACUGGGGCGGAACCUUGGACUUCAGUGUUGUCAGCUUCAACUCCAGCUCUGCCGGUCUGGAAGUGAAGCAGACCCAUUUCCCCAUCGAGGACCAGAUCGUGGCCACCGGCCAGCUGGUGCCUGACGGCAUGGCAUCCGCCGAAGGCCUGGGCACGGUGGACGUUCUCUUCGGCACUUACUACACGGUUGUCCCCGCAAUGCUGCCUGGGUCUACGCAAGUAGUUCAUGUUAUCGUGGCCAUCGACAUUGACAUGAAGCGCGUGCUCACCAGUCAGACUCUGCCUGUCACGUUGAUGAACCUGCAGAGCAACUCACUCAAUCACGAGCUUUAUGGGGCAGGAGCAGACCUAACUGGACAAUAUGCAUACUACCACCUCUGCACCUCCGAGAAUCUGACGCAGACUGUGGGCGGUGUCACGACCAUUCAAGUCUCAGUUGGCUGUCAGCUGACCGAGCUGGGCGGACUCCCAUCAGAGGUGAACUACAUGACGCUUCAGUCGGCCGCGAUUGAUCACCAGUACAAUUAUGCAUGGUUCACCUACAAGGAGGAGCCUACAGGGCGGCCACGGAUUUUGGAGUACCACCAAGACAGCAAAGACUACGUGGUGUGGCCACAGGACGCCCUUCCUGAAAACGCCGUCUACUCGUCGCUGGUGCAAACAGCUCCAAGGAUCUUCUUCGCCCUGUACCCGCCCAGCCUGCGGUACGCGAGGUUCAACGAAGCCGGCACCAAGAUCUUCGUGUCCUUCGAUGCCGCGACCUUGCGUGGUGCCAUCCCCGUUGACACCAAUGGGGACGAUGUCCUGGAUUUCUAUAACGAGGCAGACAAGGCUUCGAGGGCGGCAUGCGACAACUUCAUCGAUCAGUUCACCAUGGACUUGAUCCCCGGAACCAUGUGCCAGUGGACCUCGGAUGCUGACUUCUACAUUGAGAUUCAGCAGCAGUCCACCAUCGCCCCCGGUGAUCUGGCCCGCAUCAAGCCCGGCACGGUGUACCGUGGCCAGGAGGUGAGUCCGGGAGUGUGGCAGUUCUCACAGCCCUCCUCAGACUUCGCGGUGGUUGAAGCGCCUGCGGAGAUCCUGCCUCCCAAGGCUGAAAUCGGGGGCAUGAGCUACAUUGAUGUGUGCACAGAGCUGAUCCUGGACGGCACGCAGUCGAAGAACCAUGGCUUUCGUGGGGCCUUCGCCUGGGGGCUCCAUUCGACGACCCCGGAGAUGCCAGAGCCCCACAUCCGCCAGCUGCAGAAUCUGAUAGAAGAAGAGAUGGCCAACGCUUAUCCUGUUGCCGCGCACAUCUUGAGAGUUCCGCAGUACCUCAUGCAGGGCGGGUCAACGUACAACUUCUCACUGACGGUGCAGUCCUUUUGGGACCCGACGCAAUCCGACACCACAUACUUCAGUGUCACGGUGUCAACACUGCCGGUGCCACCAAUGGAAAUCUUCGGCUCUUAUUAUCGCGAAAUCAAGGUGGAAAGUGCACUCAGCCUCGUCUCUGAGAUCUCGCUGGAAGGGUGCUCUGCAAACCUUGGCAGCGGCGCGGUGACUUACACGUGGACAGGCUGCAAGAGGUCUGAGGCAGUCCUGCAGAACGGCAUCCUCAGCUGCAGCACGUGGGGCAGCGGCAUUAACCUGGACACCGUCUCCGGCCUGGAGUCGCGAUCCCUGUAUGUGCUGCCCUUCGGGCUUUCUCCGCUGGAGUCCUAUAUCUUCACCGUCGCCGGCAAGGUGACAAUCAGCAGUGAAGCCUCCGAGCUGGUGCUGUCCAAUUUGGUGAGCACCGAAGUGAACGUCGUGCUCGGAGGCCUGCAGGUGAUGUACUACGGGGGCUCGGGCUUUUCAAGCAGGAGGGAUCGAACUAUCGUGAUCGACUUCUUCGAAACCUCCGACUUCUCUGACCCUGACGAGCAGCUCGCAACGAUGACCUUCUCCUACAGCUGCAAGAAGGAGGGCACAGCGGACCCAUGUUUCCCAUUGCAGAUGGCUUCGCCAUCCGACACUUCGUUGUCGACGGCGGCCUGCGUGGACCUGGCGGACCCACUGUCCAACCCGCCGGGUUUGCCCAUGAAGUUCGUGUACCGGAACCAGGAGUACAACCAUGCAGAGGGCAUCAGCGUCGCCCCACUUUCGAAUGUACAAAAGUAUUGCCGAGCAAGCAUCACCAGCUUUAUCUUUCAGACCAUGCUCUUCGAUCCUGGGAUGUAUCUUUUCGUCACAAAUGUGUCCAAAGUUGUCAACGGGGUGGAAAGAGUCGACUCGAAGAGCCUUUAUUUGACAGUGCUGACUGACACGGAGGUAGACGGAACAAGGAACCCGUUGCUGGCGGUCUUCCUGGAAAGCCCACUGCCUGUCUUCCCCGGCGCCACCAUCCGCCUGCGCGGAGAGGUGACGAACCCACAAAACGACACCGUGUACUCAUACUAUUGGACAGCCUAUCGCUUCGGUCUCAACCCUGCCUACGAUGCAGAAGCAAACUCCUUUGAUCCGAACUACGCCGUGGUGCAGUACACAUGGGUGGAGCUGUCAGCUGUGGAUUUCAACGUGAGCGAUCCACAGCAGGUUCGAACGCCUCCAAAUUCAAGAUUUAUGGCGAUUGCACCUGAUGUCUUGCAGCCAGGGUGGUCCUACAAGAUUCGCAUCACGGCCGUGGAUGCUUUCCUGGAAGCGCAGGGUGUGCAGGAUCCGGCAGGCUUUGCCGAGUACACCUUCACCACGCAAGGCCUACCUCCCUCUGGCGGCGAGCUCACGGCUGACAUCACAAGUGGCACUGCCUUGGAGACAGAGUUUGUCUUCAUCAUGGAUGGCUAUGGCAGCGAGGAUCGUCCACUGUCCUACCAGUUCAGCUACAUUCAGGACUACGACUCUCCUUUCGCAGAAGCGGUGGAACUCACCAUCCUGUACUCCGAGCGCAACUACAUCAAGACAAGGCUGCCGCAAGGCGCUUCAGGGAACCAGUCCAUGUUGAGAGUUAUCGGCACCGUCAAGAGCGCGGUGGGGUCUAUGGCGCAAGCAUCUAUCGACGUUUCAGUUUCUGCUCCGGCGGAUGAAAGGACCGCGAUCGACUCCUUCUCAACAAAGGUGCAGCAAGUGGACCCCGAGACUGCGAUCUUGUACGCCACACUGCUUGCAGAGACGCCAGCCACCACAGCAGAGGAGAUCGCACUGCUGGCACAGGUGGUCGAAGGCAAGAUGUUCGCCUCCAACAGAACUAUUGCCAGGACGCCAGAGAUGGUCUCCUCCGUUGCGAACAUGCUCUUGGCAGUGGCGGAUAAGGGCGUCAGAGUGGAUAGCGCGGUGUCCUAUCUGAGCAAGAUGGUAAACCUGUCGGUUGAGCUUGGCUUCAUUGAAGCGGAUGGAUCAUUGGGAUCAUCGACCUCCGUCGACGUUGCGGGAAGCCUGUUGUACGCCAUUGAUGCCAUCAUUCCCGGCGUGGUGCCUACAUACGGCGCUGCUACUGCCCGGCGUUUGAAGGGAGGCCGCGGCAUGGGUGGCAAAGUACCUGCAGAGCAGCCGCGCCGACUCCAGGGUGUCGAGACGCGAGCUCCCGAAGACAUGUACAGGCAUUUCCUGGCUGCAAGUGAUAUGACUGCGGCAAUCACCGCGGUCAUCCACGCGCAGAUCUAUCCUGCCGAGGUCCCCGUGAGCUUCGCGCUGCCGGGGCAAGAUAUCUACUUGGGCAAAGACUUCACCGUGGUCGAAGAGCAAGCGCUGCCAUAUGUGACGAUCACGUCCCUGUUUGAUCUUCCCAGUUUGGAGCAGCCCGAAUUCCCGAGCAUUUUCAAUUACAAGUAUGUGCAGUUCAAGAAGUUCCCCUACGAUUUCCUCAUCCUGCCUGGCAACCGAAGCCUGGAUGACCCGCAGAUUUACAACAACUCUGCGACGACUUUGGUGCCAACGCAAGAUGUCUCGCCCAGCGAGAGGCUGUGGCAUGCCAUGUCUCUCAUCAUCACGGAUGAGGCUGGCAAUGGCGACUUGAUUGAGAGGUCCCUCGUCAACAUCAGCUACUCGAUGCUUCCCAAGAUCGCGGCGUAUGAUGCUGGCAGCUUUGGGAAUGUGCUGUUCCCGUCCACCUGCUUCUGGGUGGACCUGGGGGCUGGCAACUUCUCGAACGCCGACUUCGACGCGCGCGGCUCUGUUUUCAGCGAGGAUUCUUGCAUCACCAUGCACACCGACCAUUUUGUGGUUCUGGCAGAUGACCUUGCAUCCCAGCUCGAAGUGGUAGCCCAGUCACCUGGAGAAUUCCUCAGUCAGUACGAAGAUACCUACACAACAUCAGCAAAUGUGGUCACGGCCACGCUUCUGCUGGUUGCAUGCGCUGGAUUUGUCAUGGUUUCAGUGUACGUCGAUGAGCACGACGCAGCCAACAAGGUCACCCCCUUGGACAGCCUGCCAUCGCAGGUGAUUGACCGGGAAGAUCCGAAGGAGAAGGUGCUGGGUACCAUUUUCCAGUCCAUGAGGAGAAACCACUUGGUGGUGGGCUGGAACUAUUUUCAUUUGAAGCUGACUCGAGUGCGACGAGCCGGCAUUUUCAUCGUGGCCAUUUUUGCCACAGAGGCCCUUGCGGUGCUGCAGCAUUCGCUGCUAGCGAUCAAGGUGGAGAGGGCAUGGGGUGCCAGUGGUCUCGUGGCCGCCGUGCUGGUGUUUCCCAUUGUCCAGUUCUUAGAAUUCUGCUUCGAAUGGCUUCCGCAGUCGAGGAUGCUGGCAAAGCCUCCUCCAAGAUCUAUGCCGGCGCAGCCGAUUCCCCUAAGGGAACAGGCCAAGCCAAAGCCGUUCAAAUAUCCCCGCAGGCCUGCGGUGGGCAAGGUUCGGCCGCCGGAACCCAAAGUAGGACCACGCGCAGAGCACAGCCUGCAACUGCCGGUGAUGCCGGUCCUGCAGCUGAGCCAAUCUUCAGGGUCCACCAAGGGCCGGCCACAGCCGCCUGCGCGACCACCGCAGCUCCCGAAACCGCCGCAGGGGCCAGCGCCGCCUGGGCAUCUUCCUGCAAGAGCUCGCUCGCCGGACGCUACGCCGGAGUUAGGUCUCACAGGCUUCUCGGACCUCUCCCAGCUCACACCGGGCUCGAUCGGUCCUUUCGGCCUGACGUUGCCAGAGCUGCCGCCUUUGCCCCAAGGGAACUUGAAGGCCAUCGCGGACGGGGCGCCCAAGCCGGCGCCGCCGCCGAAGGGCUCCAGCGGACCCAGGCCACCCAAGACGCCGCCGCCGAUGAGCAAGAUGUUUUUUGUAACCCCAAAAGGAGUUCAGGUGGCGGUGCCCCAGCUGCCCCUGCCAAGCACUCAGCCCAGGAGCAGCCCACCCCCACCUCUUCCAAAGCUGCCGCCCUUGAGGUCUUUGGUGCAGCUGAGCACGGUGAGAUCCGGCGGGGAGUCAAGUCGGAGCAGGGCGCCGCCUCCUCCCGGUGUGGUGGACGAGCCUCCCGUGGCCUACGAGUCUCCCCUGCGCCAUGCUGGGGGCAGCCUCAGGCUGGAUGUCCCCAAGCAAGCGCCGCUGGACUUGCCGUCCUCCAUUCUGUCGAGGGUGCCGAUGGUGCAGAAGCACACCGCUGGUAUUGCGCCACCGCCGCCGCCGCUGCCGGCCCCCCCGCCCGGCCCCAAACUUCCGGCGGCUGAGAGGGGCCCGCUGCCUCCGGAGGAUGGCGAGCCACUGGUGGCGGUCCGGCGGCUCGCCAAAGUGCGACCAGGGCAGGUCGUCAAGAGCAUGCAUCCGCCCAAGCCACCGCCCAAGAUGCCGGGCCGAGCACUUCCGACGCCUCCGGCAGGCCCUCCACCUGCCCAUGCCAUCGUUUUGGCGAAAGGAACGCCACAGGAUUUUCCAGGCAACGACUUCCAGGCGGUGAUUGCAAAGGCCAAGCCACCUCCACCCCUGGUUCAUCCACCCUCUGAGCCAUUGCCCGCCUUCGUGUACCGUACGCACUCAAAAGCAGCCCUGCAGACCAUCAUGGACGCAAGGGAGAGCGGUCCGAAGGCCUCUGCAUUGGAGCCACUGCCUCCGAAGGCGCCACCGCUAAACGACACACUGGCAUUUGCUGCCUUGCCGCCUGUGGUCAAGGAGUACGUGCCGCCAGAGAGGGGUGCCAAGCCGGUCCCCGAAUUCGUCGUGAAGGUAAGCGUUUGGAUUGUUUACUUGUUUGUGUUUUGGAUUUUUGUGUACAGUGUCGGGAUCAUCGCAUUCUAUGGGGUCUACAUGCCAAGCAGCAGCAUUUGGGCAUCCUACGCGGCAACCCUGUGCGGUUGCCUCCUGAAUUUCGGGAUCCUGGAGAGCAUGAAGUGCAUCGUUCUGGGAUGCGUGGAGUUGCUGAAGCACGAGACGGUCAGGCGUCAAGCAGAGCUGGAUGCCAAAAGGACACGGAUGGCCUUGAAGGAGCAGCGACAGGAGCAGCGCGCACGCCUGCAGGAAUUUCACAAGAUGCAUGUGGCACCACCUCUGAUGGGCUGA